CUCAUGAUACUCGUCAUGAGCACUACCAUCAUGACCUGCUUACCAUCGCCUAACUGGCACGGCCAUCACUCACUCAUCCUACACGACCUCAGCUGAGCUUCUCAUUCCCACUCCCGAGAUUCUUCAACCGUUGAUGCACCCAGACACCAUGUCGUUGACCAAGACCACUCUUGUGUUUGCGCAACGCACGAUCCCGCUCGAGUGCGAUGUGUAUUCCUCUGCUGAAUACCCACUCAUAGCUCCCGUCUUCCUGUACUUCCACUCAGGUGGCCUCGUGAGCGGUUCCAGGGAAUGUGUUCCGCCUUGGCUUGUACAGGUCUGCUUCAAGAAUCAAUGGACUCUCAUCAGUGCGAGCUAUCGAAUGCUUCCACAGGCCAAGGCUUCAGGUCUGCUCCAAGAUGCCACUGACGCUUACUCCUUUGCACUGCGCUGGGCAAUCACAAAUGAACUUGCCUCAAAUCGAAAAGUGAUUGUAGGUGGAUCAAGUGCGGGUUUCUUCAUCGCCUCUCUGACGGCUCACCACCUCCACCCGACUCCCCUUGCUCUGUUAUCAAUCACCGGCAUCACUACUUUUCGUCAUCCAUUCUUCAGUUCUUCAGUCUUACUUACACCGGAACCCAUAACCGAAGCACAAAUGAGCCACCACUUAUCCGCACCGGUAUCCAUAGGAGUGACAUCCGCAAAUAAUCCACAGGUCUUCCAUGUUGAGAAGAUCCUUCCUGAUGGCGCCAAGAAUACCGCAUUUGUAUUGCCUCCACUCCCCAUCUCAGAUGAUGGCAACUGCGAUGAGUUCCCCCGAGGAUGUCUCUAUGACUACUACCUUUACCGCAACGAGUUUCUCAAUCUUGUGGGUGAAGUUGACCCAGGCUACGAAUGGGCCCAAGGUGAGAUGGGAGAGAGCAGAGCUGCGGCGUGGCCACCCACGACCAUCAUACAGGGUGACGCUGAUGAAGAUGUUGACCUCUGUGUGAGCACUCACAUGGUUCAUUGUCUCGGCGAGAGCAAGGUGAAGCUCUUCCUUGCUAAGGGACAGCCCCACCUUUACGAAGCGACGAGGUUCAUUGAAGACGAUGUGAGUGGGAUGGAUGCUGUUAGACAGGCGGUAUCAAAUCUGGAGGCCGACGUUACUCGUGCCCUUGCCUGACAGAUACCGUCUCACUGGAUUCGGACGAGGUUGAACCAAGUACAAGCUGUGGGAGAGGGGGUGUUGUUCCAAACUGAGAUGGCCUGGUGGGCACGUAGCAAUCGAGGGUUUCCUCGCCGACUGCCUGAUCGCACGAUGGCGCAGUAUAAUGUAUUUGCUGCUGACCAAGGGUCAACAAUGUUUUCCUAUCUACCUCGACCUCCACUUCGCAACGGAAGAAGAGGCUAGCCCCGGCCGUCCUUGCGAAGUAAUGUGGAAGUUUGUCUUACUAGUCAUAACAAAUAGCCUGCAACCCCAAACUGUGAG